CGUAUUCUGAUUGGUCAGCCGCAGCUCUUACCUCCGGAAACAGGAAUCGUUUAAGCCCCGCCUUGUAGCGUUUAGAAACUCGCUAACCGGUACACGAAUAUCUUUAUAUUUGGUAUAUAACACACAAUAUUAGCCAUAUAAAAUGAUAUUUUACACUUAGUACCUUAUAUAGGAAAAAUUAGGAAGCUAUUUGGGAUUCAUUUCAUCUCUAGGGCUGUUCGAGACCUAGAAAUUUGGGAGUCGACUCCGAAUCUGAUUCUGUUUCCAAAGGUGUUAGGAAUCGAUUCGAAUCUUUCCAAUGAUUUAUAUACUUCACAGAACCACAAUUAAAACGCAAUACAGAACCGACUCUCAAGCUUCGGAAGCGGCUUCGUAUUUCUAAUGCCUGGAAUCGGAGAGUCGACUCUUUUUUGAGAUCGACUCCCAGCUCCAUUUAUAGGCAAUAACAAUAGUCGUUAAGGAUCAUCUGUCAUAAACAGCAUGAUAACGCUCCUGAGCUUCUGGUGACUCAGUGGGCGCCAUGCAGAGACGCCACAGUAGUAACACAGAUGGCAUGCCACCUGAAAGGAACAGGAGUCAAACGCUCGGAUCCGAGAGCAGUCUGGACGAAGGAGGUGUGUUUGAUUGUUUGAAGCCCGAGUCUCCCACCUCGCCCCAGCAGCUCUUCUCAGGCCUGGUGGGCGUGUCCGCCAGUGCCGUGACCUCGGCCCCUUUCCAGGCUGCUGGACUCGUCCUUGGGUCUCCUCCUGAGGUCUUCAUCCAGAUGACUACUUCGUCAAGGGAGGAAGGCUCUCACCGGGCAGAGAAUGCAGCGUUUCUUCCUCGCCCUGCCCAGCACCAUCAUCAUCAUCACCACCAUCAUCAUUUCCACCAGUCGGGGCAGCACCGGUCCGCCCUGCUUCAUUCAGCGUCCUCGGCCGAGAGACGGGGCAGCAGGGACGAUGGAGGAGAUGAAGCGUCUUCUCCGGCUCCUGCUCUGUCUGAGCUGAAAGCUGUGGUCACAUGGCUGCAGAGAGGAUUCCCCUUCAUCCUCAUCCUCCUCAUUAAAGUCUGUUUCCAGCACAAGCUCGGUAUUGCUGUGUGCAUUGGCAUGGCCAGCACAUUCGCCUUUGCUAAUUCAACUCUAAAGCACCAGGUGUCGCUACGAGAGGAGAGGUCCAUCUUUGUCGCUCUUUGGAUUCUGGUGUUUCUAGCAGGCAACAUUGUGUAUGUGUAUUACACCUUCAGUGCUGAGGAGCUGCACAACAGUCUGAUAUUUGCCAAGCCGAACAUUAACAGUUAUGAUUUCUUCGACCUGAUCUGGGUGGUCGGAAUCACCGACUUUGUGCUCAAGUACUUCACCAUCGCUGUCAAGUGCCUCGUUCUCUUCCUACCCAAAAUCCUCCUGGCUUUCAAAUCCAGAGGAAAGCUCUAUCUGCUUAUCGAGGAGUUCAGUCAGCUCUUUCGUGCUCUGGUGCCCAUCCAGAUGUGGUACAAGUACAUCAUGGGCGAGGAUCCAUCCAGCAGCUAUUUCCUGGGUGCAGCAUUGAUUAUCAUAUAUAGCCUGUGCAAGUCAUUUGACCUCUGCGGAAGAAUAUCAGGUAUUCGAAAAGCCUUCGUUGUGCUCUGUAGCUCGCAGAGUUACGGUAUGAGGGCCAGCACGCAGCAGUGCAGUGAGGCAGGCGAUGUGUGUGCAAUCUGCCAGGCUGAAUUCAGAGAGCCAAUCGCUCUGCUCUGUCAGCAUGUGUUCUGUGAGGACUGUCUGUGGCUGUGGUUCGACCGGGAACGGACCUGUCCGCUGUGCCGUGCGGUCGUCGUGGAAACGCCACGCAGCUGGAAGGAUGGCACCACAUCUGCGCACUUUCAGAUCUACUGAUAAGAUAUGAUGUUAAACUCCCAUUAAAGCCCUGUGGGGGUGGGGGGGAAUAAUCAAUUCCUAGAUAUCGACAGUAUCAGUAUUUCCAUUCAGACGAGAUAAAAAUGAUAAGAUCUGUGGUCACACUGGAGAAAAUCAUAUUGUAGGCUGUAGAAAUGGAAAAGUUGCAUCGAGCUGCGCAAAGCCUUCCCGUCCCAACUCGUAGCACAGACUCAAUCUUUUUUUUCCAUCCAUUGGCGUUAACUUUGCUCUGUUCCACUGCAUCAGCACUUAUUAAGAGUAUCUCUGAUAUAAAACAACAUUUCUGAGAACGGAAAAGCCUUGUCAGUUAUGCAGUGUUGCCCUCUACUGUUUCUCCAUAGCAGCAUACGUUAUCUCAUAGCCAUCAAAAAUGCUAAAUCUGUUCAAUAAUAUUCUAAUGCAUGAUGAUCUAUGACUGUACUUUCAUUUUUACUUACUCGAUUAAAAGCCUCUUUCAUUACAAAAAAAGAAAAUCAGUAAAAUUCUUCCCUUCUGCUCAAGUCAAAAGCCUUUUAUUGUCAGAGAUCACAGAAAAUCACAAUAUCAAAAUAGCAGAGGUAAAUCACGUUGAAUAAAAACACAUAGUAACGCGAGCUAGGUUCUUAAUCCAGUGUGUAUAAAAGACUGUAGCUGUUGUAAACAUUGGAUUCACAUUAUGCUGUUUUUGAGUUCGUGCGGACGUUUUUUCUACGUUAACACUGCGAGCAACCAUCAAGUCAAAGCCCUUUAUAAAAAGCUCUAGAAAAGAUUUGUCUUGAUUCAGAAAUACCUACUGUAGGUCAAAAUACAGCUCAGAAAGUUCUAGCGUACAAAUAUACAUCAUCAUAAAGAGCCUCGGAUCAGAAAGAAAGAAAACAAAGAAACUAACACGGAAAGGAAAAAGGCAACUGUCUAAAUCCAAAGAAAGACACAAAGGAACAGAAGGAAUAAGGAAAUUACCUAAAUCGAAACAAACACAGAAAUAAAUACUUAAAUAAACACUUAAAUAAACACAUGAAUAAAUACUUAAAUACUUAAAUAAAUGAAUUAAUGAAUGAAUUAAUGAAUGAAUGAAUUUAAUGAAUGAAUACAGAAAGAAAGUCAAAGAGAAAGAAAGAAAGUAAGAAAGAAAUUCUAAACUAAAAAAAGAAAGAAAUCAUUAUUGUGACCCUGAUCAGGAUAAGGCAGAAAGUGAGUGAGAGAGAGAGAAAUAAAUCUGAAUUAAGAAAGAAAGAAAGAAAGAAAUCAUAAUGUGACCCUGAUCAGGAUAAGGCAGAAAGUGAGUGAGAUAAAUCUGAAUUGUCAGAUAAAUCUGAAUUAAGAAAAAAACAAAGUCCUUAAACUGAAGAAAGAAAAAAACAGAAUGAAAAAAGAGGAAAAAUAUGAGAGAAAAAAAUGAACAAGGAGAAAGAGAGAAAGAAAGAGAGAAAGAAAUCACAGUUGUGACCCUGAUCAGGAUAAGGCAGAAAGUGAGUGAGUGAAAGAGAAAUAAAUCUGAAUUAAGAAAGAAAGAGAGAGAGAGAGAAAGAGAAAAGAAAGAAAAAGAAUAAUGUAAAUUAAGAAAGAAGGAAAGAAGGGAAUUCCUGACUUGUUUGUAGCUUAUUAGUAAAGUUACAGUGCAAUAUGCAGAGGACAUUUUGGUAAAGAGCUCUUCCUCUGAAGACUCAUCACGUAUACAUUUUAGAAUUUUAUACUUUUGAAUAUAUUUUUUUUUAGCAAUGAAUAGAAAUCAGUUUUGUAGUCAGCGAGUUUCACACUCCUAUUGCGACGACUGUAAAUAAUUUUCCCCUCCACCGUCAGGGGACAGUGACCUCAUCGCAGUAUUGUCGGCGUCCCCGGAGACACAGCGGUUGGUUUGACUACGUUUGACCUGAACGCCUCGUACCAAAACAAUCGCGCACCAAAUGACAUCAUUUCACAGCUGGUGCAAGCCAGAGGGUUCGCUAAUCACGUGCUGCAACGGCGCAGCGCUCGUCCGAGAGGGGGAGAGUGGGAUGAGAUGAAAGUGUGGAUGUGAUGGUAUGACCAAUAACACUUCACCAAACACCAGUAAAGUACACAUGAGGACAAAAAGACAUAUCCAGGGACGAGGACUGCUUGUGGAAGUGAAGAUGCGUCACUCUCCUCACGUCUGAAUCCCACCUGCAGCACAGAGAACGACAGACUAUUACAUUCAUCUGUUAUAAUAAUCUGGAAAUAUUUUUAUUUCAGUACGUCCUCGUGUCGCUUCCACAUAAACAUAAGCUUUAAUUCCUAGAAGUAGACCAGGAACAUAACGUAAUCAUUUUUUUCCUUAUUACAUUUAUUCUCAUUUCUCAUUCAGGAAGCCUAGACUAACUUAUACCUGCCACUGACAUCUGCCGUUUGACACGUUUUAUCCUAAUAAUGCAUAUUAGUUAUGAUUUAAUAUUAGUCUCUUCAUUUGGUCAGUUAAAUUUCCAUGCCAUUCUCGUUAAAGGAAAAAAAAAUUUCCGCCUCAACCUUGAACAUUUGUCACAUUUUUUUUUUUUCUCCUCACAUGAUCACUUAGCUUUGUUGAAGUUGGUUUACCAAAAUAAAUAAAUAAUCGGGUUUUUUUCUGUGCUUGUGUUAAACAGAGAAGAAUAAAGACAAAAAUAAUAAUAAAAAACUGAAAUCAAAGAAAUUACAGUUUUUAAAGAAUAUUU